CGUGAGAAAGCAAGGGGGUUGCUUCAGUUUGUUUUUGAAUGGUAAAGAAAGAAACUUUUAGAGUGGGUUUCUGAAUUUCUUUAGUUUUUUGCUCUGAAAAUGGAGAGGGAUUUUAUGGGUCUGAACUCGAAGGAACCCUUCGUUGAAGUGAAGGAAGUGAUGAAUAAUGAUAGUGGGUGCAAAAACUCAGGUUUCACAAAAGGAGGUAUGGUAAAAUGGCCCUUCAUGAACAAAGUAUCUGUCCAUCCUCAGUCGAUGUCUUUGAAUACUCCUCAGAAAUCUGUCAAUCAUGAUGAACAAGGUGGUGGCAUUCAUUUUUCCCUGACUCCUUAUCCUACACUACAUGAUGUGAAUUAUAUGAACCGUCCUCAUAAUGUGAAGAUGUUUCCAGUUCCCAACCAAGCAAUUCCAGUUUCCAUGGGACCUCUAUCCCUAAAGAAUCCUUUUGCAACUGUUGGUCAGAAUAUGAAUGCUUCUAGUAUGAAGCAACCACAACUAGGGGAAAUACCUGUUACAGCACUCCAUUCAUUUCUUCCUCUAGUUGGUGUUGGUGCUGUUGCUGGAAUGACCGAAUCAUGUGUGAAACCAUCUGUAUCUGUUCCUAAACUUACCAUCUUCUAUGCUGGAACUGUGAAUGUCUUUGAUGAUAUCACUCCUGAGAAGGCUCAAGCAAUCAUGUUGAUGGCUAGGAAUGGCUUAUCACUUGCUUCUAAAGUGACAGUACCUAAUGUUCAGGCACCCAGACAUAGUAAACCCAUACCACUUUCAAGUACUUUAUCUGUUUCUUCACAUACUGGUGCAAAAUCAGGGAGUGUUUCAAGUAGCAGUAAUGAAUUUCUGGCAGCUAAAACAUCUGGUGGUACCCUUACUUCUGUUAACAAAGCAGAGACUCCUAAAGUAGUCAACACAAACACCAUGCUGCCAUCAGCUGUGCCACAAGCUCGCAAGGCAUCACUGACUCGAUUUUUACAUAAGCGCAAGGAGAGGGUAUUGAGUGCAGCACCAUAUAACCUGAACAAGAAGUAUGAGAAUAUGUCAGAACAGAAUGCAACUGUUUCUAACAUCAGUUCAAGUGAGGGUGUAACCAAGCAAGGAUAGUAGUAGUAACUCCUUCUUGCAGAAGGAGGCUACUUCAGUAGAUAAUAUUUGAUGCAACUUGUAACAUAGUAAUGUUGUAUGCAGAUGAUUUUAUUUUUAUCAGAACUUAGGCUGAGAUUAUUAUGUAUCAAACUGUUUUCAGUCAUUAGGUAGGGUCUUACUUUAAUUAUUUUUGGUGUAGGGCUCUUUUACCUUAUUACUUGAAAGUUUUUGCAUUUUACCUUCCAACAGGAUAAGUUGUUACAGUGUUGGAAUUAAAAGCAAGUUUAAAUAAUAUUUAUAUUUAUUUUCUGUA